GACCAUCUUCUUCUUUACACCCACUAGGAGGUUGAUCUUCAGUCAAGUGUACUCCCUUUCGCUGGAAGGAGGAAUGGCUCAAGCGGCCGGUUUUCCGUCGACUUGACGACUCCAUUGCUGAGAAGGACUCCGAAAAGUCCAGUUCGGAAAACGAAUCAGACAGCUCAACUACCUCAAAGUAUCAACCUCUCCCAUACCAGAAGCUGUUAGACGACAUGACGGGGCAAUCGCUUGACGCUGGAGAAGAAAGAGCGAUUGAACCGAAGGCCUGGCGUAGGGGGGCAGUCAACGCGGCAAACGGUUUGUCCUUUUCAUCCCUAGAGUAGCUUUGUUUAACGGCAUACAGGCAAUGCCUCUGAUGCUGUCCGCGAUCAGAUGAUGCGUCACGACCCCAAGUGGGCUACUUUUAGCAGCGCAUACAUCAACGAGAAGGUCGGGUUCCACCUUCAGAACGCGUUCCUCGAGGAGCCGACCGAAGACAGCCUUCUUGCAAUGCUCUCGCAUAUCGGCCACAUGCGUGAUCCCCGCACAAGGAGGGAUAUGGUUCCCGAUCAGGUUUGGGACAAGAUGCCGCCCGGUCCGGAGAUUGAGGCACUUUCAUCGACCGACUGAUAGACUGAGGAAUGGUCUUGUUGGGUUGAAGCCGCCUCGGGGCCGGAAGGCCGGUGUGCCGAUCGACGGACCGCGUGGGCCAUUUGGCAAUGUGCCAGACUGGGUGCUGUGAAUGCAGGACAGGCAUAGCGAAAUGGGCAGUGGCCAUGGCCACCCCCAUUGUCCAUUUGCAGCUUAGUCUACCUGAUAAUUCGUACCUGGCUGAAAUCCCAGCGGUACUCCCGUACCUUGCCUGUGAGGUUGCAACGAUCUGCAGGCGGAUUUCUGCCCCGCAGCAGCUGUGCCGUCAAUGACAUUCUUGCUCUCACACUCGAGAUGAUGCUCGCCGAUCUCGGGUUCAACGAGGACACUGCGAGUGCCAUCGGUUAGUCUCGUCCUCUGAGACUUAUGGUU